UUACUUUUAAUAACUAUUUCUUUGAAAAUGCAUCAAUCCCUUUCAAAAACGAUGCCUGUUAAUACUUCACGCAAGUUAUGCGGUGAUGAUAACAGCAUGCAAAUACCAACUCUUUCUUAUUCUCCCCAUUCUUAUUCUUCCUCUCGUUCAAUGUCUCCUGAGCCAAGCUUCGAUCCUAUAAUAAAUAACUCACCUCAUCGAAUACCUACUUUUUCAUAUAUUCCGAUACAUAAGAGACGACGCUCUGGUGGUCCUGGUUUCACGCUCAUCCGUUCAUUAUCCUUAAAUGCUCUCUCAAUGUCUGCUCCCCAAUCCUUCAAAGAUACUGGAGGGCUGUUAACUCCAAAUUCUUCCGUACAUACUCCCGAAAUACCUUCCACUCCAACUUCAAUUUAUUCCAUAACUGAUAAUACUUCGAAAUAUACCAGUUUUCCUAACUUAGAACACUUCACUGAUGAAUGCUGGACUGAAGUUCGUGUUGAAAAAAGGAAUAGCAUAAGUGAAUUGGAGAUGGAAAGCUAUGAUGAGAUGCUCGUAGGAGGUGUCCGUUUUCAAUAUUCAUGA